AUGCUCCGCCAUGCUAUAACAGCAACAGCUCUGAUCACCGGCUCCUCGGCCGUCUAUUUCUACAUUCUCCACCUCAAACUGUCGUCCCGCGUGCAACACGAAUCCCACUUCGAGACGCUCUCAGCAUCAUCUCCACGGCCCACAGCGAUCGAGUCGGUUCCCGAGAAAGUGUUCACAGACCAUAACUAUGCAUUCUACGAUCGUGCGUCAAAGACAGUCCCACGGGACUCGCUGCCACUAGCGGAGUCCCUUGAGAGCCUUUUCACGAAAUACGUCCGUCGCAAUAUGACGGCAUUCUCUCAUCUACCGGCUGCAUUAAUGCUGCGAGCUGUCAGUAAAACUCCAGAACAAAAGCAGAGUUUCAGGACAUCGCACAUUGCUUCCCUGAACUUCCAAGAGGGGGAUCUUAUCUGUGGCGCUUAUCGGGUCAAGGUGCGCCAUGAAAAUAAAGUGGAGUUUGAAAUGAAGAUGCAAACGAUGGAUUUUGUGGAGGGUCGAUUAGCCUUGAACUGCCGAGAGGAGGACGGGGAAGUCGUGUUUUCUACGGAUGUGAUGAUGUGGAAGCCGGCGGAUGAGAAGAGGACCAUGCCCAUGGAAAAGCCUGUUGCUCGCUGGAUGCAUGAGCUGGCUUCAUGGUGGCUAGUGGAUUCGGGAGUGCAAUAUUUGAUGGACCUGUAA